AUGGACACUGACCAAAGUCAUACUCAAUUUCAAUUUGAAUUAGAGGGGCUACAACGUUUGCUCAUUCUAUCAGACCCAGAAUUUGAGAACAACCUAUUCACCAACACACCAUCCGACUCACCAUCCACCAUAUCAACCAACCCAAUUUCGACUUCCACUCUCCCACAAUUCACCCCACCUGUUGACACACCAACCAACAUAUCCCAAAGUCCCGGCACAAUGGACACAACCACAACCUCCACCCAGAUCCAGCCUACAAGUACCCCAAUCCAGUCCCCAAAUGCCAUCCCAACCUCAGCCCAAACCACCUCCACCCUAACAUUGCCAGCCGACAUGGGCCAACCCAGCAAUAUCCCAACCACAUCCCAACCAAUCAUACCACAAACCCCCCUAACACACCAAAUCACCACCACCACACCUCAACCACCUAUCACUCCCAAUAACACAACCACCAUGUUCAAUAAACUUGUUGAACUCCAUCACCACAAGAAUGACCAUCAACGACAGUUGACCAUUCUCAACAAACACAUCACAAACCACACCGCACCGGCUGGCCUCAACAUCAGCAUUCAACCCUGGGUCCAACUGUCACCAAAGCUCAAGGAAGCAUGGGACACUGGCAUCCAGAACUGCAUGUCCCACCUCACAGACAUCCUGCACCAACACCACUCAGAGGAAUCAUCCAAAAUUGAUGGGCAAAUCUCAUCACUUUCCACAAAACUAAAUGACAAUCUCCCACAGGAGUUGUCUAGCACUAUCAUCCAUAUCGCAAGCACUCACAGACCACCAUCCAAACGCAAAACAACACCUAAGUCAAACACCAAACAUCAACCAAAGCGCCCCAAAUCCACAGCAACCACUUCACAUCCCGCGAAACCUGAAAACAAGCAGGUCUCUCAGAAAUGGCCACAUCACCAACAACACAGGGAACCAUUACCUCCCACCUCCAAACCACCAUUACGAGUACCACCUCCACCCAGCAACACUACACCACUACACCCGCCAAUGAUCACAAUACCAGCUCUAACCAGCAUCAUGCAUUCCUCCAUCAAGCAACGACUGAUGGGGAAACAAACACAGUUCCCCACCAUAUACAACAU